AUGUCUCGCUUUUUCCGCAGCGGCGGUGACGACAGCUCCAGCGAGAGCUCCAGCGACGAGGAAGAACUCUACUCCGGAGAGGAGGGUCAGGAACUCGACCAGGAACAGUCCGAAGAAGAAUCCGACGAGUUCGACCACUCCGACGAGGAAAGUGAAGAUGACAACAAGGAUGCCGGCGGCGACCAGAAGCAGGGAGCUUUCCGAUUCUUGAGAGACAACGUUGCGUCCGACAGCGAGGGUAGCGACGAUGAAGUCCGAGACAAGGUCAAGAGCGCACAGGUCAAGCGACUGGACGAGCUCGAAACAUCGAUUAAGCAGAUUGAGAACGGUCAGAAGAAUGGCGACUGGUCUCUCAUCUCUACCGAAUUCGACAAGCUUAACCGACAAGUGACCAAGCUUCCUGCCGGCAGCAGAAUACCCAAGGCUUACAUCAAAGUCAUUGCCGAGAUCGAGGAAUCCGUCAAUGAGGCUCUUGCAAAGGCAAAGGUCACCCCCAAGAAGAUGAACGCCACCCAGGCUCGUGCUCUCAACGCCGUCAAGCAAAAGGUCAAGAAGACCAACAAGGACUACCAAGAUGAGAUUGCCGUCUACCGAGAGGACAAGGACACCUAUCUGUGGUCUUCAGAUGAGGAGGAGGAGGUUCCCCAACCCACCAAGGCACCCAGGGCCGUCAAGUUCGACGAGACUGCCGGCGCUGAGGAGGACGCUGAUGAGGGAUUCGCCACCGUUGGAAAGGGUGGCCGUACCCUGCAGUACACUCCCGAGAGCAUCUUCAAGCACCUGCGAGGUAUUAUGGAGACUCGUGGAAAGAAGAAUACCGACAGACUUGAGCAGAUCAAGGUUAUGGAGAAACUCAACGAGAUUGCCAAUACCGACUACCAGAAGAUUCGCGUUCUUCUGACCCUGGUCUCCGCCCGAUUCGACCUUGGCUCUGGAACUACUAACGUUAUGCCCCUGGAGCAUUGGAAGGCCGCUGAGAAGGAACUGUCUCAGCUCCUGACUCUUCUCUCUCAGACUUCCGAGUAUGUCGUUCUCGAGAACGUCGAGGAGUGGGAUGAUGAUGAGAAGCCCCCUACUCUGCAGCCCGGUGAGAAGUACAUCAAGGUUGCUGGCAGCAUCGUCUCCUAUGUCGAGAGACUCGACGACGAGCUGCACCGAUCUCUGCAGAGCAUCGACCCCCACACCUCAGAGUAUAUCGAGCGCCUGCAGGAUGAGGGUGCUCUGUACAACGUCAUCUUCCGCGGUCUCCUGUACUACGAGGCCUUGAAGAAGGACGAGGCCAUUGAGGUCCCCCAGGACAGCGUUAACCGUAUUGUCAUGCGACGACUGGAGCACGUCUACUUCAAGCCUGCCCAAGUUGUCAAGACUUUUGAGGAGAACUCCUGGAAGGCCGUUGGCGAGAAUGUCGACUCUACUACCACUCCUCGGGAUCAAGCUCAGGACCCCGCUAGCCUGGUCAACGUUCUCUGCGGCUACCUCUACGCCCACAGCGAGGGUAUCCUUCGUGCCAGAGCCCUGCUCUCUCAAGUCUACUUCCUUGCUCUCCACGACGAGUACUACAAGGCUCGCGACAUGAUGCUCAUGUCGCACUUGCAGGAGACUGUUACCGGCUUCGAUAUCCAGAGCCAGAUCCUGUACAACCGAACUCUUGUUCAAGUCGGUCUGUGCGCUUUCCGCAAGGGUCUGAUCUAUGACGCUCAGAACACCCUGCAGGAGAUUUGCGGAAGCGGCCGUCAAAAGGAGCUGCUCGCCCAGGGUGUCAUGAUGCAGCGAUACAGCCAGGUCUCUCCCGAGCAGGAGCGCCUUGAGAAGCAGCGACAGCUGCCCUUCCACAUGCAUAUUAACCUGGAGCUGCUCGAGUGCGUAUACCUCACUUGCAGCAUGCUUCUGGAGAUUCCCCUCCUCGCCCAGACUGGCUCUUCUCCCGAUGUCAAGAAGCGCGUCAUUAGCAAGACCUACCGCCGUAUGCUCGAGUACCACGAGAGACAGAUCUUCACCGGACCUCCCGAGAACACUCGUGACCACGUCAUGCAGGCUUCCAAGGCUCUGGCUGCCGGCGAGUGGAAGAAGUCCAUUACUUACAUCCACAGCAUCAAGAUCUGGGACCUGAUGCCCAACACCGAUGAGAUCAAGGAGAUGCUGUCCAAGCAAAUCCAGGAGGAGGGUCUCCGAACAUACCUCUUCACCUACGCCCCCUUCUACGACACCCUCGCCAUCGACACCCUCAGCAGCAUGUUCGAGCUCGACUCCACCAAGGUGGCUGCCGUCAUCAGCAAGAUGAUCAGCCACGAGGAGCUCGCUGCCUCCCUCGACCAGGUCACCAACAACGUCAUCUUCCGCAAGGGCGUCGAGCUCAGCAGACUCCAGUCCCUGGCCCUCGCUCUAUCAGACAAGGCCAGCGCGCUCAUCGAGACCAACGAGCGGACAUUGGAGCAGCGCACACAGGGCACAUCAAGUGCAUUUGAGAGACAAGGCGGCAGAGGCCGAGGCGGCCACAGGGGAGGUGCCCGCGGUGGCAGAGGAGGCCCUCGCGGCGGCGGCAACCCCCAGCGACAGGCUGGUGGCACGCAGUUCACGGGCGGAGCUCUGGGAGCGGCCGUCCGCGGUUAA